AUGUUGAGCCUUGUGAGAAACAGUCACUUGGCCCUUGCUGGGCUGUUGAGCGGUGUCGCUUCGGCCAGCGUCGUCUUUACCGGUGCGAGCGUCCAGCUCAACGGCGUCUCGUACUUUAUUGAUCCGCACGUUGCCGGCGAGCUGCUGCUCCCCGCCGCCUCCUCACCGAGUCCGGGCGGCUUCGCACCCGUCACGGUUGUCCAGAGCGCGGGCAACGCGACGAGCCUGGACUCCUUACUUCAGAGCUGGCUUGAGCGCGACGAUGUCUUCCAGGCGUCUUUUCUCUCUGGCGGCGUCUACGUUGCCGACAGUCGUCUGCUCGUCUCCUCUGCCUCUGUGCAGCUCUUCAACGUCACUGCCAGUGUCCAGACUCUCAACGACACGAGCCGCCUGCCCUCCGGCCCUUACUUUGUUAAUGUACACACGGGUCAGGCGCACCGCGCGCUGCUUCUCUACGACGACUUUGCCAACUCGUUCACGGGGUCGCUGCUGCAGAACCCCGACGGCAGCGUGCAGACGCUGUCGGCGCAGAUCCGCACAGCCAUGACCCUGACCAUCGGCGUGCCCUCGCGGCUGUAUUAUACAGCGACGCCCGCACGACCGCUCGCAGGCGUGCGCAUUGGCAUCAAAGACCUCUUUUGCGUGCGCGGCGCGCGCCGCUCCAACGGCAACCGCGCGUGGUACCACCUUUACCCGACGUGCGAGACUACCGCGCCGGCCGUGCAGCGGCUGAUUGACGCCGGCGCCGUCAUUGUCGGAUACCAGGCGCUCGCGCAGUUUGCCAACGGCGACCGCUAUGCCGCGGACGCCGUCGACAUGCAUCUACCGUUCAACCCGCGCGGCGACGGCUAUUCGGUGCCGUCAGGCAGCUCCUCGGGCGCGGGCGCCUCCGUCGCCGCGUACCCGUGGCUGGAUCUCGCCCUCGGCAGCGACACGGGCGGCAGCGUGCGCCAGCCCGCGCAGGUUGCCGGCCUCUUUGGCAACCGGCCCACGACGGGCCUCGUCACGCUCGACGGGGUGACGCCGCUGGCGCCGACGCUCGACACGCCGGGCUUUCUAGCGCGCGACCCGGCGCUGUGGGAUACGGCGCAGCAAGUGCUGUACGGGAGCAACUACACGUCGUGGAGGUCGGUCGAGGCGCCGGCGUACCCGCAGACGCUUUACGUGCUGGAGUGGCCGCGGGGGAAGAGGGCAGACGUGGACAGCAUGCUCGACCGGUUCGUGAAUGCGACGGCGGAGAUUACGGGCACCAAGGUUGAGAAGCUCGAUCUGGAGGCUCUGUGGAAGAGCACGCGGCCGAGCGACGUCGGCGACGCGACUCUCGCCGAGUACCUCAACACCACGUACGCGCACAUUGUAGCCAGCGAGCAGUGGAAACUCGUCGGAGCGCCCUUCUUUGCCGACUAUGCCAAGAAACACAACGGCCGAAAGCCCUUUGUCAACCCCUCCGCCAACGGCCGCUGGCUGUGGGCUAGCACCGCGCCGCCCUCCGCCUACCCUGCCGCCAAGCAUCAACAAGAGACCGUGAGCCGCUGGCUGCGCACCCACGUCCUCGCCUCCACCGCCAACGCGCGCUGCUCCUCCUCGCUUGUUCUGUACAGCGACUAUGGCGGCGCGCCGGACCUGCGCACUCAGCUGCAGCCUAUCCGUCAGCCGUGGGGCCUGGCCACCACCUUUUACAGCCCGUUUGCGGGCGUGCCCGACGUUGCGCUGCCGCUUGGCGAGGUCCGGACGCGGAGCAACAUUACUGGCCUCGACGAGGCGCUGCCCGUGUCGGGCGAUGUCAUGGCUGCGCGCGGGUGCGACGGCAUGAUUGCCCGACUGGGCAUGGAGCUGGUGAGCAAGGGCGCGGUCCGGGUGCCCCAGGCCGGAGGUACAAUGGAGGGUGCCGAGGUGCUGUUUCGGCGCGAGAUGGGACUGCUCUGA